AUGGUCUCACUCGCUGCACCUGUCGAGACGUUCCCGUCAUCCACCACCAAGGCCAUCCUCCCAGGCCCCAGCCUCAAGCGCAAGCACAUGGAUUCCGACUCUGACAAUGAGGCUCCUGCCGUCGCAAGGAGCAAGAAGCCGAGGGUGUCCUUUGAUCCGACUGUCGACAUCCGGCUGUUAGAGGACUUUGAUGAGAAGGGCAUCGAGCUCGUUCGCGAGGAGGUGCGACGCGCCAUAGAUAAGCACGUCGCAGGCGACAGUGCGUCCUACGACGAAAUCAAGACUCUCUUCACGACUCGCCCAACGGCAAGCGCCGCCCCAAGCACAAAGCUGCUGGGCAAAUAUGUCGUCGCUCUCAUCGGCAAUGUGAGCCUGUUGAACAAGAACUGCUCCGGACUUGUCCAUGCAAUCCUCGACUGCCAGUGGCUGGCUCGAGAUGACGCGUUUAAGCGACUCUAUGUCACGCUUCUUGCCAGUUUGAUGUCUGCACACGGAGGCUAUACUGGCCAGGUUCUGCAAUCGCUCGUGAAGUACUUUCAUGGUGUUUCCUCUCCGAAUCUACGCACCGAAAGAGACCCGCCCAUCACUCGCUCAGAGCUUCGCCAACGUGUGCACGAGACCCUCAAGCGCCUCAUUCAACUCAUUCCCUCGGCAACUGGCGUCUUGACAUCCUUGCUACAGUCCUCGUUCCCGUCCACACAAGAGACCGCAAAGGUAUACCUUACAUACCUCAACAACCUUAUGGAGCUCAUGGAGUACGCCCCGGAACUUAAGGCUCUGGCUCUGGCUCUCAUCACGGAAAACCUCGUCAAGCUUGACGUCCAGAUUCAGGUCGACAUGGAGGAUUUGGAAGAGGAAUUCGAGGAAGCCAUAGUACAAGAGGCCCUGUACAAGCGCGAGGCAAUUGACGAUGACGAGGAAGAAGACGAGUCCGAUGUCGACGAUGACGACAGCGACGAUGACUCGUCUAGCGAGGACGGCUUGGACAGCGACCAAAGACGCAUCCAGGAGCUCAAGGACUCGGUCGGCAAGAUGGACAGUAUUCUCGACAUCCUUUUCGAGUACUACCAACGUAUUUUCGUCAAGGGCACACAUGUCGACGGCUUGGAGGCUUUCGACUUUCUGCUCGCUCAGUUCAAGAACAUCAUUCUCCCGACCUAUAGGUCCCGGCACACGCAAUUUCUCCUCUUCCACUUCGCGCAGGCUUCACCAGUCUUCACCGACAAAUUCACGUACGUUUGCGCUGAGCUUGCAUUCGAUAAGACCCGUCCGCAAAUCAUGCGACUUGCCGCUGCGGCCUACCUUGCCAGCUUCAUCGCUCGCGGUGCUCAUGUCCCCAGGCAUACUGUGCAAGCUACCUUUCAAGUUCUCGGACAGCAGCUUGAUGACUUCCGGAUACGGAACGAAGGAAACUGCAAAGGGCCGGAUUUACAACGCUACACUGGCUACUACUCUCUGGCCCAGGCGCUCCUCUACAUCUUCUGUUUCCGCUGGCGCGACCUUAUUGUUAGCGAGACCGACAGCUACGCGGAUGACGAGGAAAUUCUCUUCCAAGGCGGCGAUCUGGCCUGGUUCCCGGGCAUCAAAGAGGUGAUGAUGCACAACAUUUACUCCAAGUUCAACCCGCUCAAGGUCUGCUCUCCUGGAGUCGUCACACAAUUUGCUCGCAUUGCACACCACCUUCGCUUCCUUUACGUAUUCCCGCUACUCGAGACGAACAAACGGUUGAAGCUUUCGCGCUUUGUUUCCGCUGGUGCCAUGUACGGCAUGCAGGAGAGAGAGACGGCCCUUUCCGCGAAGAAUAGCGAGAGUGCCUUUCAGCUGGACUCGUACUUCCCUUUCGAUCCAUACAGUCUGCCGAGGAGUAAGCGUUGGAUGGAAGGUGACUACAACGAAUGGAAGAGCAUCCCGGGCCUCGAUAAGGAGGAGGCGGAUGAGUGCAGCGACUCGGAUUCGCAAGCAGAUGAGUCGGACGACGAAGAGAUAUUCGAAGACGGCACCGCCACGGAGGCUAGCACCUGA